AUGGAUCAUAUUAGGACUAUUCAGUGUUACAGUUUAGAGGAAGAAGAAAAGGUAACUGGAGGCUCCAGUGGAAUUGGAAAAUGUAUUGCUAUCGAAUGUUAUAAGCAAGGUGCUUUCAUAACACUGAUUGCAAGGGACGAGAACAAGCUGUUGCAGACAAAGAAGGAAAUAGAAAAGUACUCUGUUAAUGACAAGCAGGUUGUACUAUGUAUUUCUGUUGAUGUAUCUAAAGACUACGAACAGGUGGAAAAUGUUCUAAAACAGGCUCAGGAGAAGCUGGGGCCAGUUGACAUGCUUGUAAACUGUGCAGGAACAUCAGUUACAGGAAAAUUUGAGGAUAUAGAAGUGAAUUCUUUUGAACGAUUAAUGGCAGUCAAUUAUCUGGGUAGCGUUUACCCAAGUCGAGCAGUAAUCGCUACCAUGAAGGAACGAAGAAUGGGAAGGAUUGUGUUUGUAUCAUCUCAGGCUGGGCAGUUAGGCCUAUUUGGUUACACAGCUUAUUCUCCAACAAAGUUUGCUCUUCGAGGGUUGGCUGAAGCCCUGCAAAUGGAGGUAAAACCUUAUAAUAUCUACGUAACGGUGGCCUAUCCUCCAGAUACUGACACACCUGGCUUUGCAGAAGAAAGUAAAACAAAGCCCUUAGAGACGAAGCUAAUUUCUGAAACCUCAUCUGUUUGCCAAGCAGAACAAGUCGCCAGAGUUAUAGUCAAAGAUGCCAUACAAGGGAACUUCAACAGCUCAGUUGGAUCAGAUGGUUACAUGCUAUCAAUAUUGACAAGUGGAAUGUCACCAGUCACUUCUAUUACUGAAGGUCUUCAGCAGGUUGUUUGCAUGGGCAUUUUUCGCAUCGUUGGCCUAUUUUACCUAGGAAGUUUUGACAGCAUAGUUCGUCGCUGCAUGAUGCAAAGGGAAAAAUCUGAAAUUGCAGAUAAAACUGAGUAAUGUUUACUUUGAGUUGAAAGAAGAAUGUCAAACAGUCCUGGACAGCUUGCUGCUUAAGUGGGACUCAGUUUUUCUCCUGAAGGAUUUAGACUGGAAGUACUUGCAUAUGUGACAGAUGAGUCCCCUCAAAAGCUAUGAAAGAAAACAAAAGUACAACUCCAGAAAAUGCCAAACUAUGCAAAAGUGUGAAUGAGGAUUAGAUAUUUUUUUGGUGAUUUGAGUUGGAGAGAAUUUGAGGAACUUGUAAGUGAUCUGCAGAGCAGAAUUUGAGAAUGGACUAUGUGUGGUAAUUCUGGACAAAUGCUUAAGUUUUCACACUUUGGUGCUUAUGGACAAAAUAAGUACCAUGACAGACUGGGCUGAAGUAGAUUGAAGUCCCCUGAACAAGUUGGUACCUUUUGCUAAUGUUUUGGGACUGUUUUUAAUUUAGAAUGUUAACUUUUCCGUUGGCCAGUCUACAGAUCCUUCUGUCAAUGACAGCGUUCCUUAUUCUAUCCAACAUGAAACUGUGGAAACCUUAAGUUUGCAGAUACAUGAUCCAAGCUUUCUCAGUCUGGGAGUAAUUAAAAAGUAUGGUUUAAUAUAUGCAUACUUUCUAAAGGGAGAUGAAGAACCCGUUCCCACAGAGAAAUGCUAGGAGAUGUGACCGGGUCUGUAGCUCUUCUGGCCUUUGAAGUAUGUUAUGAACAAAAAAAAAAAAAAAAAAAAAAAAAAAAUCAAACCAGUAUCAAGUGUGUUGAUUACAACUUUCAGCAUUUUCAGCCAUUGAAAUAAUGUACAAUUUUUACAGAUACUUACUUUUUCUUACCUGCCAGUUUUUGCUCUGGAGAGGAAAGUAGCUUAAUGCUACUGUUAUGCACGUUAUUUUUCAAAGCUGCAAAUGAUGAGCCAAACCAGUAGGUGAUGAUAGAAUCAAUUGUAAUUAACAAUGCAGGAAUGUGGCUUUUUGGGGCAGGGGGCUGGGAGGGGGAGGGAUGUGUGUCAGAACAGCAUUCCACACUUAAUCUUAUCACUACACAGACAAACCUUCACAUGACAAGAAAUGAUUUAAAAUACUCUUCUUCUGUGCCCCACUUCUAAUCGGUUUCAUUUACAUUAUAUGAAACAAGGCUGCUCAAUAACUGCUUCAGAAUACACAGAACCUAGUGGUUGUUUCUAAUAAAUCUGAAGUUUAACACUGAAAAAGCUUGAUGCGUAACAAUGAUGUUUUAAGGGUGCACUAUGUAUACUGUUUAUUUAAUGGACCACUAUAGCAAGUGCCUUGUGAGCUGCUUUUUUUUUCCCAAAAAGCUGCAUAUUUUGUAUUUGUUAGCACUGCUGUGUUUUCAAUGUCAUAUUUUCCAUUUUCAGUUGGUAAUCUGAAUCUAAAAUUACUUGUAAAACUGGGCACUUUCACUUCCUUCAAAGUAGUAUUUAACAACAAAAUAGGCAAAAUGGAUUGCUUUUGUUAAGAUACUCUCUACAUCUGUUUAAGAAGAGGUAUUCGGUUAAACGGAGAUGAAAAGUAAUAGGUGGUUAACUGGAAAACCUUUAAAAUGUAACUUAUUGAGGCUGUUUAUUUUCCCUCUCUGAAUUCGGUUAAUUGCUUUUCAGAGAUAGUUCACAUAGACUAAACUUGCUUUCAUACCUGGUUUACAAACAUGUUUUGGGGAGGGUCAUAUUGGCGCUCUCAUUUUAAGUGGUUAGACUUUCAUUAGAUCGCAAACCUUGAGGCAUUGUUGAAUUCUUCACAAAGCCUAUGUUUUAGGUCCUGCCUCCUGAUUUUGUUUAGAUGUGUGAAGUUGUGCAUGCCUAUAAGAUUAAUUUCGAGAACAGAGUAUAUUCCUGCAUUUUUAAACAGCUGGGCUUCAGUGCAAAGAAAUCUAGUGUGCAUAUGUGUUUCCUGUGCUGCUUGAUGUGAAUGGCAUAAUGGGACAUUUAUCAUACAGCCAUUGUCAGCAUUGCUGUGUUUCUUAAAGCAACAUAACAAUGCUAUUUGGACUCAAUUAUCUAUGUUAAUUCUUACUUUGAUGCAAAUCAAAUAUUCCUUUGACCACCCACAAAAGAUAUCAGAAUGGGUGAAUCAGUUGUGCUGUAGUUUGAAAGAAAUGCUUUUGUAAAUGACUUGAUGUCAACACGAGCUUGAAGGUCAGGACUUAAAACCAGUAAGACUUUGGAUACUUGAAUUUUUGGAUCUUCAGCUUGGAAUGUUAAAGUGUUUGCAUUUAAGAAACAUAACCCAGCAGGUCAGAGCACACACAAAACACUAUGGCAGCUGGGCCUCUUUAAAAUAUUUCAGGUUGGACAUCUUAGAUGACUAACCACUCUUUCUUCACUGAAGAGUCCUUCAAAUAAUGACUGAUACAAUUCAGCGCAAGUGUCUGUGAAGGAGGAAUAAGAAUACUGUGUGAAAGUUUAUGGCCCCGAUUAUAGAGACUUCAGUUCACACCCAAUUUUGCGUAGUGUAAGUGGUUGUAUUGACAGUAAAACUGUAGGCUGAACUUCUCAGCAAUUCUGGAAAUUGGAACAAGGCAAGUUUUUUGAAGGAACAAGUCAAAGAUGAUAUUUUAAAAUGCUCUAGUUUCUGCUGUUGCAAGUUAAUUCGGUUAAUAAGUGAUAAACUUUUCAACUGUUUUAGUGUCAAAACACAGUAAACUGUCAACUACAGCAACCUUUGCUGUAAAUUGUUUUCUUAUGCACAUUUUCUAGCUACCGAUGUACUCAUUUUAAGGUCCAGUAUUAAGUGAAGGAGAUGCCUUGUGAUCUUGUGGAAAAAUAUUUAGCAGCCAAAAAUCUGUUUUGCCAGUUUAAAUGCUAUAAAACCUCUGCAUUGAAAUGUUUUAGCAGUGUAUUAGAUCCAUGAAGAUCUUCAACUAGGCUUUAUUAUUUUCUUUCAAAUUGUCAAUAAUUUAAUCACUUGUGCCAUAUCAGUCGGUGUCUUGUCUCUUGUUUUCUUGAUCAGUCUUUAGGAUUCGAUUUAGGCUUUGAUAGUCUUUUCCAUUCCAUGUAGUUUCUAAUGACUGUCCGCUUUAAAUACAGAUUUAUUGUAACUUUACAUAUAGUUUACUUCACCAAGGUGUUCAUGUGCAAUUUAAAUAGAUUGAAUAUUUUACUAAGAAAAAAGAUACAGGUAAAUAAACUUUAUUUGCUGUGAAAAACUCUAGGCACUUUUAAAUGGUAAAAAUAUAUAGCGUUAUUUGUAAAAAGAAACUUUGUGCUUAUUGCUUCAUCAUUUUUGUGCCAGAACUGUA